CUGUGUGAUGUGAACUCUUGCUGUGUUUGUAGAUUGUCUGGCUGUAUGGUGACAGAGGAAGGCUGUGGUUUUCUGUCUUCAGCUCUGACUUCAAACCCCUCACACCUGAGAGAGCUGGAUCUGAGCUACAAUCAUCCAGGAGAUUCAGGAGUCAAGCUGCUCUCUGAACAACUGGAGGAUCCAAACUACACACUGGACAAACUCAAUCUGGAUCAUGUAGGAGACGCGAGGAUUACAGCAGGACCACGCAAAUAUGUCUGUUUCCUCACACUGGAUCCAAACACAGCACACACUCGUCUAAUUCUGUCUGAGGAGAACAGAGAGGUGAAGUGUGUGAGAGAGAAUCAGCUGUAUCCUGAUCAUCCAGACAGAUUUGAAUAUUGUCCUCAGGUGUUGUGCAGAGAGAGUGUGUGUGGACGCUGUUACUGGGAGAUUGACUGCAGUGGAGAUGAUGUGUAUAUAUCAGUGUCAUAUAAGAGCAUCAGGAGGAAGGGACGAGGUUAUGAGUCUUGGUUUAGAUCUAAUGCUCAGUCCUGGAGUUUGAUCUGUGAUUCCUCCAGUUUCUCAUUCUCACACAAUGACACACACACUCGUCUUCCAGUGAAGCGGCUCAGCAGGAGAAUAGGAGUGUUUGUGGAUCACAGUGCAGGAACUCUGAUCUUCUACAACAUCUAUAGAGACACAAUGAGCCUCAUCCACUCAGUCCAGACCACAUUCACUGAGCCGCUCUGGCCUGGGUUUAGGCUUUAUUAUCCUGGAUCAUCAGUGAAACUGAGCUGAAGACUGAGGAGAGAUUUACCAACAAUCCUCUGCAGGAGCAGUCAGCAGCUGUGUGUGUGUGUGUGUGUGUGACAG